AUGGAUCUAAAAGUUUUCCGAGACCUUCUUUCGAUAGUUGACAAACCUUUUGAGAACAUUGCAUCAGAAUUUAAGGUCAUCGUACCUGAACAACAAAGGUUCCAAGCUGCCUGUGCGUUAAUGGGAUUGUUGGAGAGUGGCGAAUUGCAGCAGAAUCCUUUUCUCUCAUUAUUUUUGAACAUUUACAAAUCCCUAUCUUCGCAAUUCAAUACCUCCCAUCGGGACUCUGAGCUAGUGGUUGAGUAUUACGUGGACAAAUUGAUCUUGACCGAUAAUGCUACGCAAUUGGGUCAGAAGACGCCUGGUGAUAUUUUCGGGCAGUUUGCAAGCCUUGAAACCCCCGUAUUUAAUAGCGAAGAGGUCAAUGUGGCUGAAUUUGAGCAUUACAUUAAACAAGAGCUCGAUGUUCGAUAUCCAAAAAAGCUCAAUUCUAGCGAGAGCAAUCACAAUACUGAGUGGACAUCGACUGAUUCACUAAAUAACAACGAUGCUUCUCUUGUACGUCCACCAGUUACCCCUUCUGCGCAGGAUGAGCCUCAGUGGUUAAAUCCAAAUGGAUCCGUACCUGAGAUCGAAUAUUAUAAUGUACUUGCAGACUUUGCAGAUAGAGAUGAAGUUUGUUAUCUAUUAGCUCAGGCUAUUAGCAGGGCUUUGACGAUACCGGAAGAGCAGUACGUUCUCAAGCAAUUGGAAAGUGAUCCCAAGAUCAUUUAUCAUUGCGAGCUGACGCCAGAUAAAAUACCUGAUUUAGUUGAGAACAAUCCACGUGUUGCAGCUGAAGCUCUCAUUAAACUUCAAUCGACUAGGCAUAUUGAUGACUACCUCGAAUCUCUCAUUUCCAUAAACCUUUCGCCACACUCUACAACAGAAGUCGUAACCCGCAUGCGAGCAUCGAUGGAAGUAAUCAACCGCCUCACCACAUCGAUUACGCUCCCCCCAGAUUUCUUUCAUAAAUAUAUUUCUAAUUGCGCUCGAGCUUGCGAAGAAACGGAAAAUCCUCGUAUUCAGCAUCGCCAAGUGAGACUAGUCUGUGUCUUCACGCAGUCGUUGUUCAGGAAUAAUACAAUCGACGUCAGUGAUUUUCUCAUUCCGUUACAAGCGUUUUGUCUGCAAUUUCCAAAAAGCAGGGAAGCAGCGGAUUUGUUUCGAUUUCUGCGUGGAUAUGAAAUGGAGGGUGGUGUCGAGGCUUUUGGAUUUGAAGAUAAUGUUAAUGAAGUUGGCGGCCGGACCUUUCCAAAGUAUCCGUCACUUUUGAUGAUCGAAGAUCUUGCUGAUCGAGUUUCGAAAUUAGCUUUAGCACAAUCU